CUCCACAAGCCCCAACAGCAACAGCAACAGCGGCAACAACAACAACAACAACAACAACAAACCAUCCCCCUCCACCUCCCACCUCCCACCACCAGCAGCAGCAGCCACAAUGGCUCUGCUCACCAAGAUCAAGGCGGCGCUUCGGCGCAUCUUCAAUAGGAAGACCAAGGCCGCCGAGGCCAAGGUCGAGGAGAAGAUCGAGGAGAAGCCCACCGGGGCCUCUCCUCCUUCCUCUCCUUCCUCUCCUCCUCCUCCUCCACCCCCACCACCCCCUCCAUGCCGUGCACCCUCCCCGCCGGCCCCGAUUCUGCGCUGCGGCGUAGAUUGCGGGUGCCAGGCGUGCGCCUGGGCUGCAACCAUGGAGCUCUGUGAGUUUUUUUCAUCACGGGCUAUGUUUGUAUCUGGUGCUGACUGGUGGUUUAGGAGCGACGACGACGAGGACGACGAACUGGGCCCCGCAAGGGGAAUGAUGAUUUCCCGGGUCUUUUUUUGGGGGGUUUUCUGGAGUUUGGGGCUGGACACGGGAGUGGGCGUGAAGCCCAUCCCUUUUUACUUUCUCUACCAAUGAAUGAUGUGUCCUUGUACCAUAGCAUCAGGGUCGUUCUCCUCUUGCCGUUAGUCCCUUUUAUGUGACAUGAAUGUGAUUUCAAGGAAACGUGAUGUAGAGUGACUAAACGACGAGAACUGUGACGGUGGUUGGUCUACUGCAGACACUUGACAUGGGAGAGAGAGAUGGAAGGGAGAUGAAAUCACCCCUUGCACGUAUUCGCAGCGGAAAAGAAAGAAGGGUUCCCGUUUUCUU